UCACGUCGAACAGUGGUAGUGGUACCGGUUGGGAAUUGUUACAAUAACUAUUUUAUUUGCAUAAAACUUUAGACCAAAGCCAAUUGAUAUUGCCCUGCUACCUCGACACAUAAAUCCCUUAACAUGGCUGACGUAGAAAACAAGGAAGAUCUCGUUGAAGACGGAAAAAACAAAAUGAAUGUUAAAUGCAAGUUUUGCAGUUCUAAAAUUCUAGACAAGAAAUCUGCAAAUUAUAUCACGCAAGAGAUGGCUCUGCCUCUAAUGCAGCAAGACAACAACCGUAAGGAGGGCGAGAUCCAGAACGAAACAGUGAACGAGUUUUAUCACGUAGAAAACAUGUAUACUUUUGAGAAUAUUGGUUUUACGCACACAGUUGACAACUACAAAUAUCUUAGCUGCGCGGACUGUGAUGCUGGGCCGGUGGGCUACUAUGACAUGAAUACUAAGCACAGCUACGUGGCGUUGUCAAGAAUUGUACAUUCCUAGGUAGUUCUUGAUUGUCUGUAUCUUUAGGUAUUUAAAAGAAUGUAGACAAACCACAAUAAAAUUAGGUAUUUUAUUGGUCAAGAAAUUUUUUCAAGUCAAUUUAUUUAACUCGAUUUGCCAAAACUUACAGAAGUUUUACUACAAUAUAUUACUUACUCAACAUAACAACGAAGCUGCUGUAAUUGUGCUAUUUUGUUAAUAGGAAUAUAUCGGGAUGAUUUGAUUGAUCAAUAGUAAUUUAGUUUUGUAAUAUUUGCUAUUACUUCGCCCUAGUAAAGAACCUAAAACGAGAUUGAAUAUUUAGCCUUUUGAGGGUAGAUGAAAACAUUAUAUGAAAAAAUGAAAUAGGUUAAAUCCAGAACAAUGAAGGAACUAACUUAUAAAUGAAGUACCCGAAAAUGUAAAAACACAUUGUUUACAUUAAUUUGACUACCUAAAGAUACAGACUAUAAAUUAGAUGCUAAUGUCAUUAUAAUAAUCUUGAAAUUGAUGGGAAGGGAGGAGGAUAUCAAAAGUACACUUGUAAUUGAAGCUUGUAUAUAUGAUUCUGGUUGUCAUCUAGAAAAUGUGGCCAUACAUAUUCCAUGGCCACGUUUUUUAAGGAACAAGCAACUAGAUUAACUACUUGAGUGGAAAUUAUGCUGAACUGUGAUUGCAGUUAAAAUAUUAACUAUAAUAAACUAAGUUAAAAUAAUACUACAAUAAAUGCUAAUUAUUUACAGAGUUCAUAUUUACAAGCAGUAAAAUUUUAAUAAGAAUCUAAAUAAAAUAGCUUCGUGGAGCAAACGACUACUCGAGUGGCGACCAUGGGGGGAAGAGUGUCCUCAAAGUAGACCCCAGAUGCGCUGGGACGACGACAUUAAGAAGACUUUGGGGAAACAGUGGCUCCAAGUCGCACAGAACCGCGACGAAUGGCGCAAAAUGAAGGAGGCCUACACCUAAAGGGUAGAAAAAGGCUAAAGAGAGAGAGAGAGAAAUGCUAAUCAUUUAAAGAGUUCAUAUUUACAAGCAGUCAAAUUUUAAUAAGAAUCUUAAUAAAAUAGCUAAGAUUUUGGCACAAAUGCACCGUCACAUGUUGGACACCCAAUAAACCCCAAAACUAAAACAUCAUCACUACAUAAUAUAAAACAAAGUCGCUUCCUGCUGUCUGGAUGGAUGUCUGACCCUAUGUUUGCUUAGAUCUUUAAAACUACGCAACAGAGAUUAAUGCGGUUUUUUUAAAUAGAUAGAGUGAUUCUAUCUAUCUAUCUAGCCCUUUUAUUCUGAGCUAGAGUAUGUCCCGUAGCUCAGUGUGCCGCUUGGCAAAGGCCUCCUCUAGCUCUUUCCAUUGAGGUCUGUCGUGGACCACUCUUCUCCAGUUCGGGCUAGUGAUUCAAGAGAAAGUUUUAUAUGUAUAAUAAAUCAGCAUUGCACCCGUGCGAAAGCCGGGGCGGGUCGCUAGUAACUUAUAAACAAUGGCACCAUACAGAUACUCGGUGCCAAUUUUCACACAUUAUUUUAACAUUUUGAAAAUCUAGAACUUAUUGAGGCCACGUAAUUGUUACACUUAGGCCUAGUAAAGAUGACAAACAAAAAAAAUAAUGUAUGGGGAUGACAGAUGCUAUGAAAUGUCUGACUUUUCCAUUACUUAAUUUUCGAUUGACGUUUUCUAUCUAUGAUUGUGAUCUUUGCUAGGCCCCCGUACAUGUACUGAGACUCCAAUUAUGAUAACCUAAGAAGUUAUAUAAAGAGUUGUGUGAUUAACUGCUUUGGUAUGUAUGAUUUGAGCUUUAUUGCACAUUGAUCAAUAUAAUUUU